CGACGGAGUUGCGGGGGAGUACGAACUCCGGGAAAGUAUCUCCCUCCGCUUUGAAGAAAAGAACGUUAGAAGUUCGUUUCUCGACAAGAGCAACCCAAUUGGAGCGAUUGUUGAACGAGCCUGAAUCCGAAAAGGAGGUGUGGAGGAGAACAGUUUGCUUUGUGCCCCGCUCGGGGUUUAUCCCUGUCGAGCUUCCCCGGAUUCUCCAACCCCACGUUUACUCCUGAAGAAUCGAUUAUAUUGCCCGGAGAUUGAAAAUACUGGGGAACGCAAGAGAAGUUCAUAUAAAAUGCCGUGUGACCUCUUCAGACGACCUGGCCCAGACGGAGGAAUCCUUCAAGUCACACUCCUACUUUGAGAGCAUUUCACGAAUCCAUCGAGAUGCGGUUAAGCUUUGUCCACGCUCUGGCCCUUGUGCAAUUGGCUUCUGCAAGCCCUCUCACGACAAGAGACACCGUCACGGCUCAGGUGAACUUCAACAAUAACACCGGCACCCCAAAACACCUAGCCUCUGGCCUCUUAUAUGGUGUUCCCGAUACUCAGGACCAGAUUCCGGCCCACUUCUAUCAGAAUAUCGGGUAUAACUAUGAGCGCGCAGGAGGUGCGCAGGUCGCGGCCCCUGGGCGUGGUUGGAUCUGGGGCUUUACCGAGUAUCAGAACCGCUUCGAAUCCGCGCUCUCAAAUUACAAGACAGCACGAGAGUUUGGUGCAACCUUCAUCUUCCUCAUUCACGAUCUUUGGGGCGCCGAUGGAACCCAAAACUCCACUGCUCCGUACCCGGGUGACAAUGGAGACUGGCAGAGUUGGGAUGCGUAUCUCACACAACUAUUCUCGGACAUGAAAGCCAAUGGCAUGACAACUGGGCUUGUUGUCGAUAUCUGGAAUGAACCCGACGGCGCGGGAUUCUGGAACCGUGCUCAAGCCCAGUAUCUGCAGAUGUGGGGCAGGACGUACUACAAGUUUAGAAAUGAGUUUGGCACUGCCGUGCAAAUUUCUGGCCCGGCAUCUGCUGGUACGCCUCUGGCUUCUAAUACCUGGUGGGAGGCAUGGGCUUCAUUCGUCGCCAGUAAUGGGUCCAUCCCAGACCAGUAUUCCUGGCACAUGGAGGGAGGAGACGGAGACCUUCUUUCGACCCAAGCAGGUCUCAACUUCUGGCAACAGAAAUACGGUCUUCCGUCGAAGUUGAUUAACAUCAACGAAUACGCCGUCUUUGACGAACAGGUUCCCGCCGGAUCAGCUUGGUGGAUCAGCCAGCUUGAGCGCAUUGAUGCCCGUGGCCUGCGCGGAAACUGGCUCAGUGGAAGCAAUCUGCACGACUACAUGUCCUCUCUUCUAGGUAAAUCUGGAUCUACUUACCACCCCAACGGCGAUUACCAGGUAUACCAGUACUACUACCAGAACAUGACUGGCCAUCGAGUUGGAACCCUUCCUUCUUCUGAUCUGAAGCUAGAGGCCUAUGCGACUGUCGGCACGGAUUUGGCCCGUGUGCUCGUUGGUGUUCGAGUUGCUACAGGUACCUGGGAAUUGAAGUUGAACUCGCUGUCGUCUCUUGGAUUGCCGACUAGCGGGACGCUGAAUGUUCAUACCUGGGGAUUCCCUGUAGGCUCUGAUGUGCACUAUGGAGAGGUGGAUGGGCCUAAGGAUUUGGGCUGGUUCGGCCAUGCUUAUUCGGGAGACACUGUCACCUUCCCUGUGUUUCAGACGGACACGAUGACUGCGUAUGCCUUUGAGUUUGCUGUCUAA